AGGUUACAUCUAACACAGUAAAGAGACUAUUAAAAAGGAGGACAAAAGAAGUUAAAUUUGCCGUUGGCAUGAUCGUAACGCAUAUUUGCAAAGAUUAUUUCUUUCCUAAUAAUCAUGACGGCGUAAUCAUUGGGUGGGAUUAUAAAUGUUCGUAUGACAUAAUGGUCAUGGACAAAUUAAAGGUGACCGUUAUGUUCCCAUAUCUACGUCAAUGCUUUGAAUGUUAUCACUUUUGCAUAUGUCAACAAUUUUCAGCCAGUGCCCAUCAAGUGCACUACAUCAUUCUCACCGAGAAUAAUAAAAUAUGUUAUGUGCAACAAGAUCAACUAUCGAUUUGUCUACCAAAAGAAAUCGAUAACAUAGAAAUUGGAAGAUACUUUUCCAGCUUCGAAGGCACUUAUUACGUACCGAAUAAAAGCUUAAGAAAACAUUAUCCAAAAGAUACCGCUGCAAUAGCCGAAAUACUUGCCAAACAAUAG